CAAAGAUUCAGUUUCGAUCAGCGAAUAGGAAACUUAUAUUCUGUUAUAAGAAAUUAGUGCAAAAAUGGCCGCUACAAUGAGAGCAGUUGACAUCAAGGACGGAAAAGGUCCCCGGGAAGCUCUCUUCAUCAACGAUGCCACUCCCAAGCCCGUCCCCGCUGCGAGACAGGCCAUCGUCAAGGUCCAUGCCUUUGGCAUCAACCGCAUGGACAUUAUCCAGCGCAACGGCUUCUACCCCGUGCCCCCUCAGGCCCCCAAGACUCUCGGCGUAGAGUUCAGCGGCAUCAUCGAGUCCUUUGGUUCCGACGACCACAACGGCUUCAAAGUCGGCGACGAGGUCUUUGGCCUGGCCUACGGAGGCGCCUAUGCCGAGUACAUCGCCGUCAGCACAAAGAUGCUGCUGCACAAGCCAAAGGGCCUGACGCACGAGCAGUGCGCUGGCGUUCCCGAGGCAUGGAUCACGGCGACCCAGGCGCUGCACUUGGUGCUUGGAUUUGUCAAGGGCAAGAGCAUCCUCUGGCACGCCGGAGCGUCUGGCGUUUCGGUUGCGGGCAUCCAGCUCGCAAAGGCCGCCGGCGCGUCUGAGAUCUAUGCCACUGCAGGAAGCCAAGAGAAGAUUGACUUCAUCACCUCUGAGCUCGGCGCUACCGCGGCAUUCAACUACAAGACCCAGGACUGGGUUAGCGAGAUCAAGGCCAAGACGGGCGGCAAGGGCGUUGACUACAUUGUCGACUUCAUUGGCGGAGAUUAUUUCCAGAAGAACCUCAACGUGGCUGCCAUGGACGGCAGCAUACUCCUCCUGGGCACUAUGAGCGGAGGCAAGGCCCCUGAUGCGGAUAUUGGCGUCAUCUUAUACAAGCGCCUUCGUGUUUUGGGCAGCACCCUGCGAAGCCGUGACGAAGAGUACCAGGGCAAGCUGAGAGACAGGCUGGAGGCGUACAUUCCCGACUUCGAAUCACAUAAGCUAAAGAUCUUUAUUGACUCGGUGCUGCCUUGGGACAAGAUCCAAGAGGCACAUGAGCACAUGGAAAAUGCUAAAAACUCGGGCAAGAUUAUCUGCACGAUAGCAUAAGCAUGGAAAUUUAGGUGUAUUAUUACCUCUGCUGCGUCAUAAAAUACUUAUAGUAUGCUGAAUGAAAAAAAAAACAUAGGAAAAGAGGACGAAAUCACAACAUGUGCAAUGCUAACAAUGGAAAGUUGUGAUAUCAAUGGUCUUUCAACCAUCUCAGCAUUUGCUCGUAUGCCGUGACCUGGGCGUCCAUAAUAUUUGAUUCCUGAUACUGGCCCGCAACCGCGAAUCCAUGCGGUACACCAGGAUACACUUGAACCUCGUGCUCUACGUUAUCCUGCGUCAUCAGGUCUUCACCUACCUUUCGGACCUCAUCGGUGAACAAGGCGUC